AAGACGCCCCCGGAGUAACCCGGCGCCGCCUCUCCUCUUUCCCGUCCUAUGCGGAGAAAAGAAGAGAAGAGCGGCAGGGCCGUCGCUCAGGGUGCAGUGCUGGUUGGCCCGCGGGUGGCGCUUGUACCCGCACGUGGCUGCGGCUGGAGCCUCCCCUCCGCUCCGCGCAGGUGAGUCUGCACGGCCAGGUGCCUAAACCCACUUGGACGCCCAAUAGUGUAGUUGAUCCUUAAAAAAUGGGCUGUGAAGUUAAAAGGAGGUUUUUGCUGCUAUAUGCCACACAGAAGGGACAGGCAAAAGCCAUAGCUGAGGAAAUAUGCCAGCAGGCAAGUGCACAUGGAUUUGAAGCUGAUAUUCACUGUAUAAGUGAGACUGACAAGUAUAACUUGGAAACAGAAAAGGACCCUGUGGUUAUUGUUGUCUCCACUACUGGAACCGGGGACCCUCCAGACACGGCACGCAAGUUUAUUAAGAAAAUUCAGAACAAGACCUUGCCAGCUGAUUAUUUUGCACACUUACAAUAUGCAUUGUUAGGUCUGGGAGAUUCUGAGUAUACAUUCUUUUGUAAUGGUGGGAAGAUAGUAGAUCGCCGACUUCAGGAACUCGGCUCCCAGCAUUUCUAUGAGACUGGACUGGCAGAUGACUGUGUAGGUUUGGAACUAGUAGUUGAUCCAUGGAUUGAUGGACUUUGGCUUGCCCUGACACGAGCAUUCAUAUCGCAGAAAGAGAAAGAAAUCAUGAGCAACAACCUCAGAACUGUUUCUAAUGGUGUCUGUGCAGUGACUGUAGAUCCAAGCACAUCAGAGACACCAAGUUUAGUUUCUGAAAUACAGCAUUUGAAGCUAGAAGACUCAGGAGUGAGGAGUCCUGAUAUUUCAUCACACAAAGCAGCUAAUGGUCAUUUUGUAGCUUCUAGUCAAGGCUCUGAACCUUCACUUAUACACUCAGUCCCUCCUCUCUCCCAGUCUGCUCUUAACAUUCCUGUUCUGCCGCCAGAGUAUAUAGAUGUGCAGUUUCAAGAGAGUACUGACAAGGAUCCCACCUUGACCUCACUGAUUUCGGAGGGAGCAGUCUUUGAGGUUCCAGUGACUAAAGCAGUUCAGCUCACUAAGGAAGAUGCAGUAAAAACAGCAUUGCUGCUAGAACUUGAUAUUUCAAAAACAUCAUUUUGCUAUCAGCCUGGAGAUGCCUUCUGUGUAAUAUGCCCCAACAAUGCUAGUGAGGUGGAAGAACUUCUUCUCAGCUUGGGUCUUUCAGGAAAGGAAGACUGCUUUGUUUGUUUAAAGAUUAAAGAUGGCACUAAAAAGAAAGGAGCAGCUAUGCCACAGCAUAUACCUGACAGAAGCACUUUGAAAUUUAUUCUCACCUGGUGUUUGGAAAUAAGAGCAGUUCCCAAAAAGGCAUUUUUACGGGCCCUUGUAGAGUACACUAGCAAUACAGGAGAAAAACGAAGGCUUCAGGAGCUUUGCAGCAAACAAGGAGCUUCUCACUAUAAUCACUUUAUCAGAGAGCAAGAUGUCUGCUUGUUGGAUUUACUUCAUACCUUUCCAACUUGCAAACCUCCAUUUAACCUCUUAAUAGAGCAUCUUCCUAAAUUACAAGCCAGACCCUAUUCAGCUUCAAGCUCCAACUUAUUUCAACCAGGAAAACUGCACUUUGUUUUUAAUAUUGUGGAGUUUCCCUCCUGCCCAGCACGACCAGUUUCGCGGAAGGGGGUGUGUACAGGCUGGCUCGCAGACUUAGUUACACCGGUGCUUCAGCCAAGUGAAAGCACUCGGCAUUCCAGCACGGGAAAAUCCUCAGCUCUAAAGGUCCCCAUUUUUGCUCACUCUACCAAUGCUUUCCACUUACCAGAAGAUCUGACUGUCCCUUUUAUAAUGGUGGGUCCAGGGACUGGAAUUUCGCCGUUUAUUGGUUUCCUGCAACACAGACAAAAACUCCAAGAAGAGCAUGCAGACUGGAAGUUUGGAGAGACAUGGCUGUUUUUUGGCUGCCGACAUCAGGAUAGAGACUAUUUGUUCAGAGAUGAGCUCCAGUAUUUUGUUGAAAAUGGCAUAUUAACUCAUCUUAAGGUCUGUUUCUCAAGAGACCCUCCAGCUGCAGCAGACAUGGCCUCACCUAAAUAUGUGCAAGAUAACAUUCGGCUUUGUGCCAAAGACGUUGCCAGAGUACUGCUGAAGGAGAAAGGUUGUUUCUAUGUUUGUGGAGAUGAGAAGAACAUGGGUAAAGAUGUAAAUGAUGCAUUAAUAGAUGUGUUCAGCAUGGUGGCUGGAGCUGACAAACUGGAAGCAAUGAAAACCCUGGCUAUGUUACGAGAAGAAAAACGAUAUUUACAGGAUUUGUGGACCUGAAUAUCUGGCCUCUCUUUUCCCUUUGAAAGUAGAGUGUUAGACCCUUACAUACUGUACGAGGACUACCUGAUUCUCUGGGUUACUGUUAGAUCAACUUAACUGUCUGCUUUUUAAAAAAUGAAAUGCAUAAGUGAACUAAAGUACGUCUUACAUUUUACCAUUUGGUAACCAUUUAAUUUCCAUAAUUCGUACUAACUUUUCAGAAUUUAAGAAGCUUUACACAUUUUUAAAAAUGGAAUCUGUGAAUUUGUAGCAACAUUUCAAAAUGGAUUCCUUUAGAGAGCUCUGUUCCUCUAAUGUAAUGAUGGUGGCCUUAACUUUUUUAUAUUUGUACAGCAUACAAUAGUAUAUAGUAUGGUAUCAAUGGGUAGAGGAGAUGCAGUAAAUGGAAAGUUACUCACUAAUUGUAAUUUAUCUUACUGCUAUGCAUUAAUUGAACAUGUCAUAUAAAGGUCUUAUGAAGGAAUUGUUCUACAUGUUUUGUGUCAGUCCUUCAAAAUAGGAAUUGCAAACAGAAGUUGAUAUUUGAAACCAGAGGUGUAGCCAGGCAGUUCUUUGCUCAGGACAGCAACAGCUGCCUCAGUGCAAUCAGCCACUGUUAGGGUCAUGGCUAUUUUGCCUUUCCCACGUCCUGCCCCUACAAAGGCAACACCUGGGGCUGCCCCAGGCUCUUUAGCUAUGCUAAUAUUUUAAUAUUAAUAUUUUAAACAUUGUGAGUACAAUAAUUCCAUCCCUGAGUAUUCUGCUGAAUAUCGAUUUGGAGGAUGAGGUGAGGUGCGAUACUCCUUAGGUGCCCUUCGGAUCCUUUUCAGUAGGUUUUUUUUCAUUUUACUUUCCCCAAGCUGCUUUAACCCUUCUUUGUGACUCCUCUGCUGGUUUAAUUUCAGGAUUUUCUUUGAGCAAACGUCCUCAAUGUGCCAAAUUUUGGGGGAGACAAAUACUGAUGCUUAAGUAGGGAACACCAAACUGAUUUUUACUGACAGCUUAAAUAAUAUUUGAAGCCAUUUUACAAACUUAAAGCCAUUGAUUCCUCAUACAACAAUGCAGAUCACUGCUGCCAAAUUAAAACUUAUGACAAUUAGGUCACUAAAAUACCCAUCCACUGCCUAAUAGUCCCACAAGGCUCUUUCCUUCUUCAGUCCAAUCAUAACUGCUAUCACCUUUCUUCAGAUUGUCACUUCUUUUUGGCAUACACUAUUCUAACUCCUGAUCCCCAUGUUUCCAUCUCCUCUGUUUGGUUCCUCUCCAAGCCUAAACUGAAGAAAAGGAGAAAAGAGAAGAAUUUUUUUUUUUAGCAGUGGUUAACCUAAGCAUCUGUACUUAAGAUAUUUUUCUCCUUUUUCUCUUCGUUCAGUCUCGUACCUUAAAGCAGUCUGUACUGGGGUUCCUCUUCUACCACUUGUGGUAUCAUAGUUGUAUUCAUAAAAGGAGUGGUUGGUAUAAAAUAAUAAUAAACUAAAAUAAAUUCCCAAUUUUUAGAAGAAACUUUUAAAGGAACUUUGUCUUUUAUUAAAAAUGGUUAGUUUUGUUACAGCUUUGAAAUGAUUGCAAAAUAACAGUUAUUUCAAAGAUCAAUUAAAUGUUUCAACUAAAAUUGCAUGUGUCAGUGCCUUUUACAAAGAAGUUAAAGCAAGCAUUUGCUAAGUAAAGUCUCCAAAGAUGGCACCAGAAAGACAGACUUUUUGAAAGAACGUGGUUAGGAUUUUGGUCAUAUUAGGUUUAAAAACAAGAAAAAGUAAAAUAAAUCAAUGUUACAGGGCUCUUUUUUUUUCUGUAAUUGGUUGUGGAUCAUGAAUAUCAGCCUCACAAAGUGCACAUUUCACUUUCAGGUAUUUGAGCCUUUUAAAGCCUGCUGACUAUUCCCUCUGUAUAGUAGAUGUGUUGGGUAGCAUGAAGCCAUUGAAACAUUCAGAGUGUCUUCUGUAUUGUUAUAAUUGUAAAUAAGGUGUAACCAACUGCAAAUAAACCUGAUGCUGUUAGUGUU